AUGGAGAGCCCAUUGCCUUCAAAGCCUGCUAUUCACCCCGUCCUCCCAGUGGUCGUCGCGCAGUCGAAGCGCUGCGUUCACCCCCCGGUGGCCCGACGGGCGGCAGCGGCUGUUUUUCUCUUCUCGCCUUGGUGGUUUUCGCUUCGGCAUCGUGGACAGCUUCGGCGCUGCAAUUCUGUCCGUGGUGCGAUUUGCCGCGCUACGACUGCCAGUGUCCAGGUCGUACACCAACACCGGGGUGCGUUUUAUGUGCGAGGACGGCAGAGCGGGAAGUAUUUGGGAGCCACCCAUGAUGGUCACGUGAUCCACGAUGACAUCCCCACAGACUUUCACUUGUUCGUGCUGGUCCCAGGGAUGGAUGUCUUCACUGGCUACGUGAAGUUGUAUCACUUAGCCUCGGACCGCAGCAUUUUCAUAACGCAAGACGGACUGCUGGGCUGCUACCACGGCGAUUUCGAAGAACACUGGUGGAAGAUGCUGGAGAGAGAUGACAAAGGAAGUUUCUCGCUGGUGAACUUUAGUACCGAAUUCUUGUUGUAUUCCAAUGCAGAUGGACGCUUGGGCACCUUCCAGGGCGACUACUUCGAAGAUCAGCUCUUUUUCUGCCAGCGUCCAGGCUUUGGCCGUGAAAGCCUGGACGGCACGGUGACGCCUAUGGAGGUGGAGGGGCUCUACGGGCUGGAAGAUGCUGGCUUCCUGUGGGAAGGGCAACAGCCUGUCUACACGGAUGCCUUCCAAGUGCGACACUAUGUGCGUGACGCCUCUCGCAAUCUCCAGGGCAUCGGAGAGGUCUGGAGAUCCCUGGCGCCGCUCUCUUGGGGCUCCGGCGUGGAUCGGCAGUUGGCUGAGAUGCCGCGGCCGCACCACUGGGCCAUUGAGCACAUCCCCUUCCUGAAACAUUUGGCGCAGCAGGGUCUCAUCUCAGAGUCCCAUGGACGGAACGCGGUGCAUGCCUCGCGACCCAUUGGCCACGUGCGCUUUCGCCACAACGGGCUGCAGCCCUUUGGAGCCAUCAGCUUUGCGCUGGCGGCGGUGUCGGAUGGCCAGCAAGUUCCCUUGCAACGCACUUGGAAACGUGCUUGGCAUGGCUCCACUCUCCAUCGCAUCGAGCAGAUCGCGCGCGAGGGGCUGAAGGUGGGCAAGAAGGGGAUCUAUUUGUCUCCAUCUUUCCAAUACACCUUCUGCCUCUACAGUCUCCCUGACUUGCGCGUGGGCAACGAUCGCUUUCGCCUGGUGCUGGAGGUGCGCGUGCGGCCCGGAGCCUUCAAGGAGCAUGGUGACCACUACAAGUUCUGCGAACUUCAACAUGUGGAGCCAUGUAUUCCCCUGGAUUGUCUUGAAUGGGAGGUUGGCAAGGACGCGGCGGCCGUCCAAGUGGUGGCUCUCACGCUGAAGCAGCUGCAGCCCACGGAGCCCUCGCUGCGGCACGACACCAACAUCCGCCACGGCUGUCGCGCGCUGAUCGCGGACGCCGGGGAAAAGCAGCGCUCGCGGCGAGGGCCAGGGAGGGGGAUGAAAGGCUACCCUCUGGUAAACUAA